CCGACGAGAAAAUUGAGAAUAAGAAUAACAGACGAGUCUAUAUUACCGGAGUCAUGCAGUGCAUCAUUACUCUUACCCUUUAGACAGAAGGAGAAUGGAUCACUACACGCUAGCGUCAUGCAUCUCCCUCAUCUUAAUCCUGUGGCCAUGCAUCCACCUUCUCCUCCUUGCAAGAAGGAGGUCCUGUUCGAUCCAACUCCCACCAGGCCCAGUCCAUCUUCCCAUCGUUGGCAACCUCUUCAAACUCGGUAACAAACCCAACGAGUCACUCUCUGAGCUCGCCAAAACAUAUGGCCCGCUAAUGACUCUAAGGCUCGGUCGCGUGACGACGGUUGUCGUUUCCUCCACCAAUAUGGCCAAAGAGAUCCUCCACAAUCAUGACCAGGCCUUCGCCGCCCGAUCCAUCUCGGAUGCAGUUAAGGCAGCUAGUCACAAUGAGUCGUCGGUCAUUUGGUUACCGUCGAAUUCCCAAUGGCGGAAGCUCCGAAUGAUCUUCACCACACAAAUGCUGACCACCAAGAGACUCGAUGCACACCAAGGCCUUCGGCAUAAGAAGGUGCAGGAGCUCGUUGCGCAUGUGCACAGUUCAUGUAUGGCGGGACGUGCGGUCGAUAUUGGGCAGGCCGCUUUCGUUACCACCCUUAAUCUGAUAACGAACACGGUCUUCUCCACUGAUCUGAUCCAGCACGGUUCUGAUUCCGCACAGGAAUUUAAGGAUCUGGUGUGUAGUAUAAUGGAGGAGGUUGGGAGGCCGAAUCUCGUCGACUGUUACCCGAUUCUUAAGUGGGUGGACCCGCAAGGCAUAAGGCGUCGGAUUACGGCUCAUUUUAAAAAAUUGCAUGGACUUUUUGAUAGGAUGAUUGAGGAGCGUCUAACGGCUCGAGAAUCGUCUGAUUCUGCUUCUAAAAACGAUAUUCUUGAUGCGAUUCUCGAUAGAAAUGGCUUCGACCUCGGCCUUGAUGAGAUCAGAGCUCUACUUGCGGACAUAUUUGUAGCAGGGAGUGACACAAGCUCAACCACCGUCGAAUGGGCAAUGGCUGAACUACUCCGCAACCCAAAUGCAAUGACAAAGGUCCGCUCGGAGCUCGCACACAUCAUUGGCCUAGACCGUCCAGUUGAAGAGCCAGACAUCACUAGGCUCCCGUAUCUCCAAGCAGUCGUGAAGGAAACAUUGCGCCUGCAUCCACCAGCUCCACUCAUCCCUCGACGAGCUGAAGCUGACGUGGAAAUCCAUGGUUUUGUCAUACCCAAACACACCCAAGUGCUCGUAAACGCAUGGGCCAUUGGCAGAGAUGCCGACAUCUGGUCUAACCCUACUUCAUUCUUCCCGGAGAGGUUCUUAGACUGUGACAUUGAUUUUAAAGGCCAUCAUUUCGAACUUAUACCAUUUGGGGCAGGUCGUAGGGUAUGCGUAGGCUUGCCACUUGCCUAUAGGAUGGUCCACCUAAUGUUGGCUUCGCUUCUACAACUGUUUGAUUGGAAGCUUCCAGAUGGUAUAGAACCGACGGAUGUGGACAUGCAUGACAACUUCGGCAUCACGUUACAUAUGGCUCUGCCAUUACGUGCCAUACCUACCAAAGUUUGAGUAUGAUUUGUGAAUGAUUAUGGACCAUGUGCUAUUACUUUCUGUAAUGGACUCUUAAGAGUUUGUAUUGCCUCCAUUCCUACUCAGGAUUCAGUGUGCUGUCGUCCACUUGCUCACGCGAUAAUGUUUUGAUGAUAUAUAUAUGAACUGUUUGUAUUCUCGUUUAUACCAUAAAUAAGUUAUUAUCUUGUGAUUA